CGCGAACUGUUUUCACUCUCUAUAGGAAGGAGAGUUCUCCAGAACGACUGUAUUUUUUCGUAAUUCUUUUCUGUGUGGUGCUGCAAUGAAGGUGUUGUUGGCCUUUCUGUGGCUACUUGCCGGCGCUUGGUCGCAGAGUGAAGAGUUGGGGUGCAUUUGGUAUGGCCAGAGCCACAUGAUAGGUGCCCACUGGCAGAAUCUGGCGGACACGAGACCCGCGAGACCGCUGAACAGUCCCUCUGCGGAGGCUAUUUUCGCCAGAAGGUGUCCCCUGCUCUACAAGGAGUACAAGGGCGAGAGUGGAGAGGACGAGCUGAGCCUGUGCUGCGACGCGGCGCAAGUCGAGACCAUGGACGCAGGACUUUCUCAGGCGGACGGGGUCUUCUCCAGGUGUCCCACCUGCACGAGGAACAUGGCCGCGACCGUCUGCGCCAUGACCUGUGCCCAGAACCACACUCUCUUCCUCACCGGCUACAAUGACACGAACUCGGAUGGCGUGCUCUAUGUGAAGUACAUCGAUUACAGGAUAUCGGAUGAUACAGUCUCGAGGAUCUACGACAGCUGCGAUGGCAUAACGCACACGCAGACAGGACGGCCGGCCAUGGACUUGGGCUGCGGAGCCUACAAUGCCAAGACCUGCAACUACCGGCGGUGGUACGAGUUCAUGGGCGAUGCCAGCGGCGACUACGUGCCCUUCCAGAUCAACUACAAGUGGUCGGAUGACGCCGAGGAGGGCUCCCAGGAGAUCUACCUGGAGCUCAGUCCCCUGAAGUGUGGCCAGAGUUACGAGGACAGCUAUGCAUGUGCCUGCAUCGAUUGCGAGGAGUCCUGCCCCUUGACCGAUGCUCCGACGGGUCCCGAGGAGCUGUGGAAGAUCGCCGGCCUGUACGGGGUCACCUUUAUUCUGGCUUUGCUGAUCGCCAUUGUGGUCUCUGUCCUGAUCCUCUGGGGUGCCAUUGGCAAGAGCUCGGCGCCCAGUGUCUGCAUGCCGACGCUCUUCGGGGAGUUCUUCUACCACGGCUUUCGCAUCUGGGGCACCUUCUGUGCCAAGCACCCCGUCUUGGUGCUGGCCCUCUGCUCCUGGGCCAUCGCCGGUCUCUCCUAUGGCAUCCGCUACAUGACCAUUACCACGGAUCCCGUCGAGCUGUGGGCCGGCGAGGAGAGUCAGACGAGAAUCGAGAAGGACUACUUCGAUCAGCACUUCGGGCCCUUCUACCGCACCAAUCAGAUGUUUAUCAAGGCCGUCAAUCAGACCUAUUUUACUCACGAUGCGCCCAGCGGUGUGCUGAACUUUGGACCUGCUUUUGAGUACAACUUCCUGAAGGAAGUCUUCGAGCUGCAGGAGUCCAUUAUGAAAUUGGGCAUGGAGGAUAACGAGGGCCUUGAUAAGAUAUGCUAUGCCCCCGUUCAAAUGGUCGGCGAAACGCCAACGAUCAACAACUGCGUUAUCCAGUCGAUCUAUGGGUAUUUCCAGCACGAUAUGGAUAAGUUUGAGAACUCCUAUAUCGAUAGCAACAACUACACCAUCAACUAUCUCAAUCAACUGGAAGAUUGUCUUCGCGUCCCCAUGAUGGAGGAUUGCUUUGGAACGUAUGGUGGACCCAUUGAGCCUGGCAUCUCCGUAGGUGGCAUGCCCAAGGUCGCGGUGGGUGAGGAUCCUGACUACAUGCUGGCCACAGGAGUCGUGAUCACAUUUCUGGGACGCAACCAGGUCGACGAGACCAAACUGGAGCCCAAUAUGAAGUGGGAGAAGCUGUUCGUGGACUUUUUGCGGGACUACAAGAGCGAUCGAUUAGACAUAGCCUACAUGGCCGAAAGGUCCAUCCAGGAUGCGAUAGUAGAGUUGUCCGAGGGCGAAGUGAGCACAGUGGUCAUCAGCUAUGUGGUGAUGUUCGUUUACGUGGCCAUAGCUCUGGGUCACAUUCGCAGCUGUCGGGGCUUCCUCCGGGAAUCUCGAAUAAUGCUCGCCAUUGGCGGUAUCGUUAUUGUUCUGGCCUCGGUGACCUGCAGUCUGGGAUUUUGGGGUUACCUAGAUGUGACGACCACAAUGCUGGCCAUCGAAGUGAUACCGUUUUUGGUGCUUGCCGUGGGCGUGGAUAAUAUCUUCAUAAUGGUCCAUACCUAUCAAAGAUUGGAUCACUCGAAAUUUAAGACUACGCACGAGGCAAUAGGAGAGGCCAUUGGCCAAGUGGGUCCUUCCAUCCUUCAGACGGCGGGCAGUGAGAUGGCCUGCUUUGCCAUUGGAUGUAUAUCCGACAUGCCGGCUGUGAAGACCUUUGCAAUGUACGCCGCCAUUGCCAUACUCCUGGACUUCCUGCUCCAGAUCACAGCUUUUGUCGCAUUAAUGGCUAUAGACGAGAGGCGCUAUUUGGAUGGAAGACUGGACAUGCUGUGCUGUGUGAGGAGCGGGGGAAAGAGGAUCAAAAGAGAUGAGGAGGCCGGAGGCGUAGAAGGCAGACCCAAGGAGGUCGGUAUGCUGGAGACCUUGUUCAAGAAUUUUUAUUCGCGGUUCCUGUUGUCCAAACCCGUUAAAGUAGCCGUGUUGCUGAUCUUCACCGUGAUCACCUGUCUCUCCCUGAUGGUGACUCCCUCCAUUGAAAAGGGCCUCGAUCAGGAGAUGUCUAUGCCGAAGAACUCCCAUGUGGUGAAGUACUUCCGCUACAUGGUCGACCUGCUGGCAAUGGGAGCUCCGGUCUACUGGGUUCUUAAGCCCGGACUCAAUUACUCGGAGCCGCUGCAGCAGAACCUCAUCUGUGGUGGUGUCGAGUGCAACAAUAACUCACUGUCCGUCCAGCUCUACACACAAUCCCGAUACCCGGAAAUCACGGCCCUGGCCCGGCCCGCAACCUCCUGGCUGGACGACUAUAUCGAUUGGCUGGCCAUCAACGACUGCUGCAAAUAUAACGUCACCACUGGUGGAUUCUGUUCUAGCAACUCCAAGAGCGAGGAUUGCCUACCCUGUGAACGUAGGUUUACUGAAAAUGGACUAAGACCUGAUGCCGAGACUUUUAACAAGUACAUACCGUACUUCCUGUUCGAUCUGCCAGACGCUGAGUGCGCCAAGGCCGGAAGAGCCUCCUAUGCCGAUGCCGUUAUCUACACCAUCGACGAUGAGGGAAUGUCUACUGUGCUGGACACCUACUUCAUGCAGUACUCCACCACAUCGACCACCUCGGAAGAAUUCUACUCGCAGCUGCGGGAAGUGCGAAGAAUUGCCGGGGAGAUAAAUUCGAUGUUCGAGGAGAAUGGCGUGGAUGCGGAGAUUUUCGCAUACUGUGUCUUCUACAUUUAUUACGAGCAAUAUCUGACAAUCUGGGAGGACGCCAUGUUUUCGCUCGGCAUGUCCUUGGUGGCCAUAUUCCUGGUCACCCUAUUGAUAACCGGAUUGGACAUUACCUCCACACUCAUAGUACUCUUCAUGGUCAUCUGCAUAUUGAUCAAUAUGCUGGGAAUGAUGUGGGCGUGGAGCAUCAAUCUGAAUGCCAUAUCCCUGGUUAAUCUGGUGGUUUGCGUGGGCAUUGGAGUGGAGUUCGUGGCCCACAUUGUGAGGUCCUUCAAGCGGGCGGAGGGCACUGCCCAGGAGCGGGCUCGUCACUCCCUGAACGUGACCGGAAGCAGUGUCCUUUCGGGCAUAACACUCACCAAGUUCGCCGGCAUCAUUGUCCUGGGCUUCUCCAACUCGCAGAUCUUCCAGGUCUUCUACUUCCGAAUGUAUCUGGGCAUUGUCCUCAUCGGAGCAGCUCACGGCCUGAUCCUGCUGCCCGUGCUCCUCAGUCUCCUGGGACCGCUAAGCAAAAUGGACAGGAGCUCAAGUACCGAACCGAUCACACCCACCAUCUCCACCAACUAAUCGGGAUCAUAAUCCAUAUCCUCUAAAAAAAGUGUAAUAUAUCCUAGUCUGUAGAGUGUGCCUGCUUGUGUGUUUGCCUGAAAUCCUGUGUGUGCCUGACUAAAACAGUCUGAAUUUUGCCAUCGACCAUGAGCGUUCUAUGUCAAUGGUCGAACAAAAUCGACAAGGACAACUAAAACUUGAAUAAACUAAUUUAUGCUAACCUAAAAAA